ACAGUGGUGAGAUCCACAGAAAUUAUUUUUGUUUAAAUACCAUCAUUCGAAAUUUGGGAAUAUUUUAAAGUACCUUUGCGCAUGAACACAAAUUCAGUGAUUUUAUGGAAAAUGGCGGCCCCCAUAAGUGCAUGACUUAAAGAAUUUAUUUUCGGAAUACAGGAUUUUUGUGAUUUAGUCGAAGGUCACUGCAGGUUCAUUUUAUAAGAAUGGCAAAGAGAAAUGCUACUAGUGAAUUAACUGAUAGAAACUGGGAUCAUGAGGAUGAACCUGAAGAGGCAGGAAUAUUUACCCAGGCCAGUAAAGAUAUCUUGAAACAUCGACAGAUGAAGAAGGCAAAGAGAAGAAAUCCUAAUGAAACGGCUUCAGGUGGAGCAUUUUCUGGAUUCAGUGGUUUCGGUGCUAAAAUAAACCCACCAAAGUCAAGUCCGGUGAGCAGUAAUAUGUUCACUACUACAGCCAUCCCUGCUGUUACGUAUGGUUCUACAGCUUUUUCUAAUACACAAACCACUUCUGUUGAAUCCAGUAAAACAGGAAACAAACCUUUGAAAGGAAACAACAAAGCGGAUUCUUCUUACUACAGUUCUUUAAAAAGUUUGAAUAGAUCCCUGUUAUCUUGGCUACAGAAACAUGUGGAACGUGAUCCGUACUGUAUUUUAACUCCUAUAUUUGAUGACUAUCAAAAACAUUUAGUAGAAAUUCAAAAGAACAAUAAUAACAAAGAAAAUAAAGACACAGAAAAAGAUGCUGAUGACAGUGAUCCUGAGAUUAGUAUCAACCCUCGUUUUAGAAAAGAAGACUCUCCUAAAAAAGAUAGUACAUUUGGGGGUUUUACUAAAACAUCAAUAAGUGGUUUUACAUUUCCAUCUGCUAAUACCUCUACUGACAAGAGUAUAACAAGCUCGGGUUUUGGUAGCUCAGGCUUUUCUUUCGCAGUAAAGCAAGCCACAAACCCAACUGUGACAACUGCAAAAACAGAUGAAGAAGAAGAGUAUGUUCCUCCAAAAGUUGAAACUCAGGAAAUAAAUGAAGAAGGGUCAGUUUACACAAAAAGAUGUAAACUAUUUUAUCAGAAAGAUGGUAAUUGGAAAGAUCGGGGUGUAGGUAAUUUACAUAUAAAACAACUGGAUGAUGGAAAAUCUCAGGUUAUUGUUCGAGCUGAUACAAAUUUAGGAAAUAUCUUACUCAAUAUAAUGUUAUCAUCUGCUAUACCCACAAAACGACAAGGAAAGAACAAUAUAUUUAUAGUUUGUAUACCUAACCCUCCAAUAGAUCCAAAAGACACCAGUAACACACCAACACCUAUGCUAAUCCGGGUUAAAACCAGUGAAGAUGCAGAUGAAAUGUUACAGAAAUUAGAAGAAAAUAAACAUUGAUUUUUAGUGUUCCCUUAUCUUCCAAUAACAUAUUAUUCUACUCUGAUAACCUGUGACAAAAUGAACAAAGAAUUUUCUAUGGAAAUGGACUAAAUUAUAUUAAACAAUUCAGUAUAAUCUUUAUUUUUUAAAAAAUCUGCACAAUCAGAAAAGAUUUCAAAUUGUAAAAUAUAAAUUCUGUUUUGGAAAUAUGAAAUUGGAUUGUAAAUAAAAUAUUUUAACUAUG